GACACAUUGGACUCUGUCAAUUCUUUCACAAUUCCAGCAGCCAAUGUCCCAGAACUCUCAUCCAGCAGUAAUAUCAAUGUGAAUGGUCGCUGGUCUUUCCGUGUUGAUCGUUCACUAAACUGUAAGCCUAAGAGUUGACUGUUUGUCAGCAACAUAAUACUAACAUUUUUAACCAUUGCAUUUUAAGAACUUAUGUUCAUUUGGAAGAUGUAAACAAAUCAUUGAUGCUUCUAUUUUUACUAGUGCCGGCUAAUUUCCUGCCAUAUGGGGAUGGAGACUUAGUAAAUCCUGUUUCAGAUGAUGGAAGCUCUGUAGCCAUUUACCUGCAGCAGCCUUUCAAAUACUUUGGACGCACAUACAAUCAGAUCUAUGUGAACAACAAUGGUCACCUGACUUUUACUCAACCACUGUCUGCCUACGUUCCUUAUCUGAACGCUGGAAUAGACAUCAUUGCUCCUCUGUGGACUGACCUUAACAAUCGCAACGGUGGAACUAUCUCCUACAGAGAGGAUAGAAGUAGUGCUGUACUGGCACAAGUCACUCAAGCUGUUAACCAAUAUUUCCCUUCCAUUGGUUUUACCGCUACAUCAGCCUUUGUGGCUACCUGGGACAGUGUGCUAUACUUCUCUGGUGGAGGGGAGGUUACUUUCCAAGUUGUUUUAGUCUCCAAUGGUGACCGCUCUUUCAUCCUGAUCAACUAUGGUGACAUUGCACAAACAGGUCAAGUUUGGUUGGCUGGUUAUGACACGCUGGACUCUGUCAGUUCUUUCACAAUUCCAGCAGCCAGUGCCCCAGAACUCUCAUCCAGCAGUAAUAUCAAUGUGAAUGGUCGCUGGUCUUUCCAUGUUGAUGGUUUGCUAAAUUUGUGUGAUACUUGCACCGAACACGAGGCUUGUCAAGAGAGAAGUGGUGUCUUAGGCUGUGUUUGCCUGGAUGGUCAAAGACCAAAUCUUGAAAUAUUUGAUGCUGUGGAGUCCUGUGCCAGUAGCACUGGCUCCAUUUCUCUGUCCCGCUGCCAGCUCUUUGAAUCUGGUUUUUCUGCUGAGACCCUUCACCUAAAUGACCCAAGCUGCAGAGGGACCCUUGAGGAUGGCAGACUUUUGUUUAAUUUUGACAACGAAGACCACAUAUGUGGAACCACUCUGACAAGCAACAGGACUCACUUCAUCUACCAAAAUGCCAUUCAAUCUAACUUGAGAAGCAAUGAUCAGAGCAUCAUUUCAAGAGCAAGAUGGAUGAAUUUUACAUUCUCUUGUGCAUAUCCUCUGAUCCAGACACUAUCUAUGCCCAUGGGUAUCCGAGCUGAAGGCGGUGUGAUAAGUCAGGAGGUUCCUGGCCAGGGCAGCUAUGAGAUCCACAUGGUUCCUUACCAUGAUGCACAGUUUACUAGCCCAUAUGAAGGAGAGGUGGAAAUACAAGUGAACCAGCAGAUUUACGUGGCUGUUGAGGUUUUAGGAGUGGACAGAAGUCAAAUUGCAACAGUUCUGGACAGCUGCUGGGCAACACCUGUUAAUGAUAUUGACCAUGAUAUUCGUUGGAGUCUAAUCAUUAGAGAAUGCCCCAACCCUGAAGAUGGCACAGUGGAGGUUCUUCAGAAUGGUAUUGAUACAACAAGCCAUUUCUCCUUCAGGAUGUUCACCUUCUCAGGAAACUCUGACCGCAUCUUCCUGCACUGUCAAGUUCAUCUCUGCCUUGUAGAUAAUGGAAGAUGCGCACAGGUGUUAUAUUGA